AUGACCUUUAAUUAUCUACAAGUGUAAAAUUGUUGAUUCCUUUAUAGAUUACUACAUAUUAUAUUCUUUGUUCUUAGGCAUUAGGUAUACAAUUUGUAUUAUAGCUAUUAUUGCCGGAUUAAAUUAAACUUCAAUGUUGCGCUUGUGUACAUAUACAUUUAUUUAUAUUGUUUUAAUAGGAAAUUUCAAAUGAAUUAUGGCUAACACGUAUGAAGAAUUUUUCGAUGAAGAUGAUGACUUGUUAGCUUCUGUAUUAGAAGAAAAUUUAAGGUAAACUGGAAAUAUAAAUAUAUAUUUAUUUCUAAACUAUAUAAUUUUGGUAAUCAUAAAAUGAGAAUUUAAUUAAUAGUAAAUUUCCCAUCAAUAAUUUAAAUUUCAGACCUAACACUGAAGGUCGAACUACAACACAGUUUGGUGUAGAUAAAAGAAUUGGUAUUCCUAAUAAAAAUAGCAAUGAAAAAAAAGUUAUUUCAACUAUAGUGGAUUUAUGUGAAUCGCCCAAGAAAAAUACAACGGUACAAAGCAGAUUAUCUCAUUUUUUUAAAAAGCCUAUAAGUAAUGACAUGUAUGAAAAAAAAGCGAAUAGUGAACAAGAAAACCAAAUGGAUGAAUCAUGUUUUAAAAUUAAUUCUUCAUCAACUGUACAUAAUAAUGAAGACAAUAUUGUUAGCAGUUCGUGAGUUAUUAAUCUAUUUUUUUUAUUCUAAAUAUUACUCAAUAAAACUAAAUUAUUUACAUUUAAUUGUUUUUUUUUUUAGUCCAGCCAUUUUCCAUAAAGGACAAGAUGCAGAAGGGUUUCAUCUAUCUUCCGGCUCAAAUUAUGUAUAUCCAUCAAAUUAUCCAGUUAGGGAAUACCAAAUGAAUAUCAUUGAAACAGCAUUAUUUAACAAUACACUAGUCAGUUUGCCAACUGGUAAUUUUGUUUUAUAUCUACUGUAGGAUGGUCCUUAUUUUACCAAUUAUUUUCCUUUCUUUUCCCUUUAGAACACCUGCCUAUUUUGUACCAUAUAAUAAAAAAAUAUCAUCCACGUUUGAGAAUAUUUGGAUAAUAUUUUAAUAUUUUGUAACAAAAAAAUUGUUUGAAAUCAUUGAACGUAUUGUACAAACGACCACAGGUUGUUUAGAAUAAUUUUUUUAACAUUAAAAACAAAAGACUUAUUUUAAUCCUAAGACCUUAAUGUCUUUUUUGAUACCAUUUACAUGGGGAUUAGAUUGAUCAAGAAUUUCAGAAAUCAUCUGAAACUAAUAUUUCUGUAUGUAAUUACCAAAUAUUUUUAUAUUAAAAUAGUUUAAUUUAUAAUAUUAAUACAGUACAGUUGAGUUUCAACUUAAACCUUGAUUACCCAAAAAACUUGACAAUUCAAACUACACAUUUUUUUUUGCCUCCUUGAAAUUCUUGUAAAACUCAUCUUGUAUGUCUCUUAAAUAUAAAAUAGUGAUAAAUAGCUUAGCUGUAAUAAUAAAUAGUUUAUUAAUUUCUUUGAAAAUAUCCCCAUAUAUGGUAACAAAAGAAAAAUUAAAAUAGGCCUUUUAUUUUUUUUAGUAAAAAUAUCAAUUUUAAAUGAUCUGUGGCCAUUAAUACACUAUUUUCAUUGAUUUCAUGUAAUAUUUUUGAUAUUAAAUAUAAAAAUGCAGUGCACCUCUACUAGAUAUUAUUCGAAUGGCCUCAAACUUUUAGAAUGUAUUUUUUUAUUGUAGAGUACAAGAUAGGUGGGUGUCCUGAAGGAAAUUUUAAAGCUGGCAAAAUAAGGACUACCCUAAUAUAUGUUUAUUAUAUAUUAAAUAUAAUGAACUUAAUUAAGUAUACAUUAUUAAAUUGUAUAGAUUAUAAAUAAAUUACAUUAAAUAGUUAUAAAUUAAUUUUUUUUCUUAGGAAUGGGAAAAACAUUUAUAGCAGCUGUGGUCAUGUAUAAUUUUUAUCGAUGGUAUCCCAUUGGUAAAAUAGUAUUUAUGGCUCCAACAAGACCUUUAGUCACUCAACAAAUUGAAGCAUGCCAUUCAAUAAUGGGUUUUCCUAGAGAUGUAACAUUUGAAAUGACUGGUUAGUAGUUUUUUUUUCGGAAUGUUAUAAUCUAUUUAAAAAUCUAAUAUAAUAAUUUUAAAGAAAUCAUUGUUGUGUAUUUUAACACAAUAGCACAAUAACAUGAAUAUAAUUUGUUCAUAAGUCUGGUGAAUGAUGACAGAUCUAAUAUCAAACAUUAUUAUUAUUUCCCUUUCGUUUGUUCUUUCUUAGGUUUUUUGAAUCCUUAAUCAUUUCUAAAUUACAGGAAUACUCCAAAAGUUUUAUAAUUUAAAAACCCCACAAUUUUAGACUAAGAAUGUCAAUCAACCUGCUAUUUAAUAAAUACAUUUUUUGGGCAAGUAAUGCAGCUUUUAGCAUUCUUUGCUAAAAGAAUUAAAAAAGAAGUUUUGUUUAUUAUAAUAAAUUCUAUUGAUUUUAAUAAUAUAUCAAGAAAUUUUGUUGGUACAAACUGGUGUAAAUUUUCCCUUGAAAAUCAAUGAAUUUGAGAAAUUUUUUAGAGUAACCGGUAUUAAAAUUAACAAAUUGUUUUACAUAUGUUGCAAACUAUUUACACCAGUUUCUUCCCCACUCAUUUCAUAAUAAAUUACAGAAACAGAUAAAUGAUAAUAACUUAAUUGAUAACAAUUAAUAUUCAAAUUAAUUAUUAGUUAUUACUUAUGUGAUAAUAAGCGAGAAAUAGAAAGUAUAGGGAAUAAUUAAUUAAUAUUGAUAGUAUUAUCAUUGUAAUUUUUGACUAUAGCGGGGAUCACCGAUUGGUGUAAAAUAAUUUGUAUCAAGUGUUAAUAAACCAGUACUAAGUGUAUCGGUACACUAGUUUGCAUUAACAAAGUUCUUGCAUCUGUUACUUUUGUUUUAUAUUGUGCUCUAGUAAAAUAUUUAUUUGAAUAUGAUUAAACUGUUUAAUUUGUGAAUCAACGCUAUUUAAAUUAUAAGCACUAGUGGUGUCCCACCAUUGUUUGAGAAUAUAGGAACAUAAAUAACUGUUAUAAAUAACUUAAAAUUUAAAAUAUCUUGUGUAACUAAAGAAUUUUAAGAUACUGAUGAUGGGGGGAAGGGUUUUUUAAAUAGUUAAACAUUCAGAUAAAUAAUAUUAUAUAAUAUUCUUCUUAACCACCAUUAAAUUGAUUAAUUAUAUAAUUUGCCAUUAAAUAUAUUAAUAAAUAAUAAUAAUAAAAAACUAAUUUAUCAUGAAAUUAUUUUCAGGUAAUAUUUCCCCAGAACAAAGAUAUUUAGCUUGGAAGAAAUACAGAGUAUUUUUUCUUACACCUCAAGUUAUGGUAAAUGAUUUGAACCUUAAUAAAUGUCCAUCAAAUAUGAUAAAAUGUGUUAUAGUUGAUGAAGCACACCGUGCAACAAAAGAUUAUGCUUAUGUUCAGGUAAUUUUUUUAAAUUAUAUAACAUAUAGGUAAUCUAUUAUAUUAACAAUUAUAUUAUUAUAAUUCCAAUAGGUUUUAAAAUAUUUACGUAAACAAAAUCAAAUUUUUAGAAUAGUUGGAUUAUCAGCCACUCCUGGUACAACAAUAGAGACAGUUGUACAAGUAAUACAAAAUCUAAAUAUAUCAAAAUUAGAAUUCAGGACAGAUGAAUGUCCCGAUGUAAUGAAAUAUACUAAUAAAAAAGAUGUACAGUGUAUACCAGUUAAACUUACAAAUGCUAUUUUGCAAAUACGUUCUCAAUUUUUGGCGGUAAGUAUAAUUUAUCAUGUUAAAGUGUUUUAAAAACCUGAGAAUAAUGGGAAAUAAUAGGUAUGAGUUAUUAUAAAUAUUGAAAAUUACAACUAUUCAUUGAUUUUGAUAACUUCAAAUACAAUUUAAAGUUUUAAAAUGUAUAAUAUAUGUACAAUAAUAUUUUUUUAAAAUAUACUAUUUUAUAAUUUUUUUAAAUUUUUAAUAUUUGUAUUUUUAAUUUUUUGUGAGAGCAAUUCAAAAUUUGUUGAUUUGAAGUUUGCAAAAUAUAUUAAUUUUUAUUUUAAUUUUUUACAGAUAUAUGAUAAUUAUUCAAGGCGGUUAAAACAGUAUGGAGUACUUCCUGGAAACAUAACUAAUUUAUCAAAAUUUCAAGUGUGUAAACAUUUUAAUUUAUUUUAUCAAUAAAAUAAUUUGUAUAUCUUCCAAUUAGUGUUUAAUAUUUAACAAUUUUUUUUUUUUAAAGUUUAAUUGAUUUAAUAUUUUAGAUAUUAACUGCAAAACAAAAAUUUUUGACCAGUAAUUUGUUUCGUGAAAUGCCAAAAUCUCUUGUUGGAUGUUUAAUUAAUGAUUUUACUGUUUGUAUAUCAUUAGCUUAUACCUUAGAAUUAUUGACUAUUUAUGGUAUCAAAGUUUUCUAUUUGCAGUCUUUAGGUAAUAAAAAUGAGUUCUCCAAAAAUAGUCCUAAAUUUAUACUUUAUAAUAUAAAUUUUAAUAUUUAAUAUUUUUUUUUAUUUUAAUUUAGAACUUGCAGAGAAUCACAAAUGUUUAUCGAAUGAUGCAACUUUUCAAAGUAUUUUACACAAUAUAAACAAAGAAUUAAAUUUGCAGGUUAAUUAAAUGUCAUUAUAAUUAUUUUUAUUCUAAUUUUUAAGUUAUAUUUCUUAUAGGAUUUAACUUGGAGUCACCCCAAGCUUUCUGAAUUAAAACAAAUUGUUCAAAAUUAUUUUAGCAGUGAAGAUGUACAAUCAAAUAGCAAGAUAAUAAUAUUCUGCCAGGUAAAAUAUAUAUUUUUUUAUAAAGUCAAUUAUUGGAAAUUUUAUGAUUAAUUUAGUUUAUAACUUUAAAGUUUAAAUAUUCUGUCCAAUUUGAUGAUGAUACCUAAUGUUAAAUAUUUAAGAAAUAUUUGAAAACUAAUAUCUAUUAGUUAAUUUCUUCUAUAAAUUAAUAGUACCCAUUUAUAAACAUACAAUAUUAUUAAUUUAUUAUGCUAUAGAUGGCAUUUUCAUGAUUUAAAAUGGGUUACUGAAAUUUUGGAAACAUAAAACCACUUACCUUUAUUUUAUAUACAUUUUUAUUUUCUAUUAUCGGUAAUUAUUAUUUUUUUGUUAAUAUAAAUCAUUAUAAAAUCAUAAAAUAAAUUUACAUUUAAGACUUGCUUAACAAUUACUGAUAUUUAUAAAUACAGAAUACCAUUACCUAUAUGAUUUCAAUUUAAUUUCUCUUGGGAUUGUUUUAAUAUAAAUAUUAAAUUUUAAAGUAUUUUUAAGAUAACCAACUAAUCUUGUUUGGUUAUCAGUCAUAAACUCAGUGUUAAAAUUAGAUAAAUGUUAACAGUGAAGUGUUAUCAGUUUCAAGUACCUAUUGCAUUAAAUACCUAUUGAUUGUUAUGUAUUAUUUUAACAGUAUCGGUUGGUUGUAGUUGAAGUUUUUGAACUAUUAAAAACUUUUGGCUCAUCUGUGAAGCCUGUCAUGUUUGUUGGACAAUCACUCAAGGAAAAAGGAGGGUUACCUCAAAAAAAACAAUUGGAGGUUAAUAAAAAUGAAUAAUUUAGUAGAUAACUACAUCUAGAAUUAUGCAUUUUAUUUUAUGAACUAAUAAUUAUUUUUUUGAAUAGGUGAUGAACCGGUUUAAACGAGGAGAUUUCAAUGUAUUAAUUGCCACCAGUGUGGCUGAAGAAGGCUUAGAUAUUGGUGAAGUGGAUUUAAUAAUUUGUUUAGAAGCUAACAGGUCUCCAAUCAAGUUUAUACAAAGACUUGGUCGUACUGGACGGAAAAGAUCUGGCAAAUGUAUAACUUUAUUGACUGAAGGAAAAGAACAAAUGGUAUGAAUAAUAUUAUGUUAUAUGCAUACAAUGUGAUUUAAAAUAUGUUACAGCUAUGCAAUAUAAAUAUUAAAAAUAGAGAAAAAUGUAUAAUACAAAAAUUUGUUGAGACAUUUAAAAUGAUAUUUGUGUAUUUAUAUUAUAUUGGGCGUACAAAUAGAAAAAUGCCGUUUUUCUCAUAAUUUAAGGGUUUAUUGUAAAAAACUCUUUACAUACUCAUUCUUCAAAAUACUUUCCAUCACUAGCCACAAUUUUCUGCCAUUUUUGUGGCAGCUUCUCAAUUCCUCGUCGAAAAAAUUGUUUGUCUUUUGACACGAUCCAUGAAUCGAUCCAAUUUUUGGCUUCGGCGUAAGAACGAAAGUGCUGUUCGGCCAGGUCAUGCGUCAUCACUCGGAAUAAGUAGAAAUCAGAAGGGGCGAUGUCAUGGGAGUAUGGCGGGUGGGGUAGUAUGUCCCAUUUCAAAAUUUCCAGGUAUGUUUUCACGACCUUGGAAGUAAGCGUUAUCAUGCAGAAAUAUUAUCUUAUCGUGUCUUUCCGAGUAUUGCGGGCGUUUUUCCUUCAACGCUCGACUCAAACGUUUAAGUUGCGUCCGAUAGAGGGCUCCUGUAAUGGUUUCGCCUGGUUGCAAGAGUUCAUAGCACACUACGCCAAGCUUGUCCCGCCAAAUACACAGCAUCAGCUUCGAGCCAUGAAUGUUUGGUUUCGCUGUCGAAGUCGAUGAAUGGCCGGGAAGCCCCUACGAUUUUUUCCGCUCCGGGUUAUCAUAGUGUAUCCACUUUCAUCGCCAGUCACGAUGCGAUGCAAAAAACCCUUUCUGUUUUGCUGUUGGAGNCAUACGGCACCCAAUGUCCCAGUUUUUGGAUCAUUCCUAAUCAUUUUAAGCGAUGAAAAACAGCUUGCUGAGUCACGCCCAAUAAAUUUGCAAGUUCCCAUUGCGUUCUACAAGAAUCUUCAUCCAACAAAGUCUCCAAUUUUGCGUCCUUAAACUUUUUCACGGGUCCGGGUCCGGGUCCUUGUCUUCUACGUCAUAUUCACCAUUUUUAAACUUAUGAAAUCAUCCCCGACACGUUCUUUCACUAAUACAAUGUUUACCAUAAGUUUCUACAAUCAUUCCUGAGCUGCAUUUUUUUUUGAAUGAAAUGCAAAAAGUAAAACUUCCCGCAAAUGAUUCUUACUCGGCUUUUCGCCAUUGUCGUGAAUGAACAAAACAAAGCACAGUAAAAAUAGAUGAGCGAGAUUUUGUAGAGUUGUUGACUGAUGUCUCAACUGGCUAUGUAUCUUAUCGCACUUAUCUUAUCUUAUCUUAUGUUUCUUAUUGCACUUAUCGAUAGAUUGACCUUGCUGGUGCAACCUAUGGGAAAACUGCAGUUUUCUAUAUGUGUAACCAAUAUAUGUAUAUUUAUAUUUAAGUUUUUUAGGGAAGGUUUUUGGAUCAAUUUUGAAAUUUAAAUGAAAACUAUCAUUUUUUUGGGUAAUUCAAAUUUUUAAUUUAUUUGAAAUGAUGAUUGUGAGUAAUUUAAGUUAAUAAUAAUUAAGCUAUUGCUGUUAUUAAUAGUUUGGUGGAAGCACUGGAUGUGCAUUGUAUGAUAAGUGUGAUGUCAUUAACUAUUUGUUAGCAUGCAGUUAAAAUAAAAUUUAAUUUUUAAAAAAGUAGGAUAUACUUCCCUUAUGGGUAUAACUACUGUUGUAGGUACUUAUGAAAAAACUAUUCUGAGUGGAAUUUGAUUAAUAGUGUUGCUUUAUCAACAAUAUAUAUUUCAAAUUAUGGUAAAAUAUUUAAAUACGUAUUAAAUAUUUUCUUUAAUUUAUAUAUUUGUUUAAUAUUGUACCUAUUUUCCUAUCUUCCACAGUUUAUAGGAUUAGGUACACAUGUAUACAACCUUAUUUAGGUGUUUGAAGAUGCAAAUACAGCUGUUUUCACUCAUUAUCUGUAUCAUAGUUUAUUAAAUUUUUUUAGAUUCUGAGAUGAGCGAGGAAUGUAUUGACUUUAAAAGUAUGUCUAUUUAUUGUUUUUUGUGAAUAACUUUUCUACUAGAAAUUUUCAUCCUAUUUUCAAGUGUAGCACUUUUUCUGAAAGGAAAUCUGACUAAGGUAGUACAUUGAGGAAGUUAUUUUUUGAUUUUCCCAGGAGUUUUUAUAAAACUGUUAAAUUUACAUACACAUAUAAAAGAAAAUUUACUUCUAAUACAUCUAAUACAUCUUGUACAGAAAUACAUUCAAUUUCUUCCUUUAUUUUCCCAAUUUCUCACCUACAACAGUAGCCCACCCAUCAAUGGACAAAUAUGUGCAUUUAGUUUUUUUAUCGCCAUUUUUUUCUUUAUGAUUAUGUAAUAUAUUUUUAUAUUUUAAUUAUUAGAAUUAGUUGUAUUAUAAUGUUAGUUGAAGAUUUUUUUAAAAGAAAGUUUAAUAAAUGUUUUAUUUAGAAAUACAAGUCUAGUGUUACUUCCAGUAAAACUCUUGUAUAUAAAAUGCUGAAAAACAAUACAGUUCUUUCAAAUUUAGCUCCAGAAGGACCACGAUUGAUUCCAAAAUGUAAGGGUCAUAUGCUUAAUUAUUUUUUUUUAUUUAAUCAAUAAUAUUACACUUACAUACAAAACAUAUUACUUUAUUAAAAUUCAACCUCAUUGAUGUCAAAAAUGAUGUUCAAAUAUUAUUAGAUAUCAAACCACAACGUUUAAUGAUUUAUGUAAAACCACCAGAAAAUUGUUUACCAAAAAAUAAAAAAGGAAAAUAUAUACACAAAGAUAAUAAUAUACUUCAAUAUGUUGCACCAAAUAAUGAGGAAGAUGAUGAAGAAGAAAUACUAAAUGUUUUCCAAAAUAAUAAAGGUAUAAAAUAAAUUAUUUUUAGGGCCAGUUAAGAUAUUUUUGAGAGCCUCUCUUGUAUUUAAUUAGUCAGUACCUAAGUGGUAGAUUAAGUCAGUUUAAAAGAUUCAACAAUAGUACUCAUAAGCCAUAACAAACAGAUGUUUUAGACAUAAUUAGUAUAACUUCUAUUCAUUACUACUGAAAAUCUUUAAGUAAAUAAUUUAUGUUAUUAAGAUGAAUUUGCAUUUUUUAACAUUUACAUUCUUAGAAGAAUAUUCAGUGAUUGUUAUAAUAAUUAUUUAUACUUAUAUAUUUCAGAUAAACCUAAAAGAAGAUUGAAAAAACGAAAAAACGAUGAAUUAGAGCUAAAUGACAAACAAACAGAAGCUAAAUCACCAACAAGUUGGUAUUUUAGUAAUAAUUCAUUUGAUAAUGAUUUAAAUGUACCAGAAAGUAUAAACACACCACUUGCUAUAUCUGAAAGUAAUUCUAAUGAUGAACAAUGUUUCAUUGCUGAGGAAAAAGUUUUUAAGGAAUGGAUUGAGUCAUGCGAACAGUCCAAUUCUGUAUUACUCAAUAAUAAUUUUUUUGAACUGUUAAAUUUAUUUACUGAUUCAUUAACAGCUGUUAAUGUAUAUGAUGGCAAAUCUUUGAAGUUAAGUACUGAAAAUGAACAGAAUAUCCAGUUUACAAAGAAUGCCAAUGUCAGUAGCAUAGACUUAACAACUCCAAGGAUUUAUGAAAAUGGACAGCCAUUAAGAAACAUGAUUAAUUGUGUAAUGGGAGACAACAUUAAGGACUCCAAAGACCUAAAAAUAAUAACUAACACAAUAGAUACUGAUUUAGAAGAGUUUAUUAGCAGUCAAAGAGUUGACAUUGGUGAACACAAUGGUAUGACUAAAUCGAUUAUUUGGGAUUGUGGGCAAAAGUCGGACAUGAUGGAUUGUAAAUACAAUGAAAGUAAGCUCUGUGUGGAACAAACUGAUUACAAAAAUAAUGUAUUGGAAACAAUGGUAGAUUUCGUUGAUGAUGAUAAUGAUGGUGAUAAUGAUGAUGAUGAUGAUGAUGAUGAUGAUGAUGAUGAUGAGUGUGCAAAAAAUAUCGAUUUUGGAGAUAUGUUUAAAAGUCAAAAAGCGGACUGUUACAUUGAAGAGUGUAUGAAUAAAAUCAGUGAGUGUACACUGUCCAAUGUAAACGAUAAUGAUGAUGAUGUUAUUUCCAUUAGCGAUUCACCUGAUUUUUUCACUGGUAAGUUGCCGAAAAUAACAACUCCAACAAAACUAAAUGACUGCUUUGGUGCUGCAGUUAUUUCUACUACUACCGAAAUUGAAGUUACCAAUCUAUGUUCACCAUCGCCGCCAGAUUCGGUAGUAGUCAAAUCAAUGAAACAUGAUAUAUCUCCAACUAAUAAAAAUAAUUAUUUGGCUUCAUGUAAUGGUGUUCAAAAGAAUAAAAGUGCUGUAGAGUCACCACGAUAUGGCCAUGAAGAUGACAAUGACAUGAAUUUUAUGUUUCUUGAUUACUUUAGUGGCAAUAUGGAUGUUUUUACACAAAAAGAAACAGGGAGCAGAAGUAGUGCAAAUGUUGAAGUUUUCACUCAAAAACAAGAGUUAGUUGGCAGUGUAUGUAGCGAAGCCAUCAAAGUUUCCACCCAAAAAGAAAUUGCUGGCAGAAGUGGUGACAACGUUUUGGUGGAAAUACCGGUGGUAGCAUUGGCUUCAAAACCACAGUUUUCAGGUCAACAGCGUGUCAAAAAAGUAUCAUCACCAAUAACCAUCAAACCUUGUGUAAACACCGGUGGUGAUUCAUUAAAAGAGGUGCAGGAGGUGUCCAUUUCGCAGUCAUACAGAAACAGUUUGGUGCCGUUCAACAUCAUGAAAGCGUGCAAUUUGUUGAAGCCGGGCUUUAGUCUCAAGCGAAGUACAGCGGCAUCUACAGUGGCCAAUGCGGCGGCUAUAAUAACUAAGGCAGCGAAUAGGACAACCAAGGCAUUGGAAACCGGUGUGACGACCAAAGCAUCAGCAGCGGCUUUUGUGCCUGCCGUUCAGCAAGCAACCGGUCAUGACGACAUGUCUCCCAUAUACCCUUCUGGACGAUGGCGGCGGCAAUCGAUAGUUUUCUCGCAGUCCACGCCUAAAGUUACCACAAAUGCUUUGCAAGCCAUUAAGCGGUCGCGAGAAUCCUCCGCUACUGAAACCAUAUUGAAUUUUUUGACGUCCAGUAGCGACGAGGACGAUGAAGAUGCAAAAAUUUUCGUUGAUGGUGAUAAAACAACCAUCGGCCGUCAUCUUAUAGCGAAGAAACGACGACAGAAACCAAAAAAGGUUAGUUUAACUUUUUUUUUCUUUCCAAAAUUUUCAGCUCCUUCCCCAGAAAAUUAAUCUUUGCCAGCAUUAAAUACCUUUCAGAAACUCGUGUUCAUUGACGACGAAGCAGAGGUCAGUAAUUGCGGUGACCCAGCUAUGGUGGCUGUUGAUAGCAGUGGUACUAGUAGCUCAUCCCAUGAUGAUGAGUUCGAUUCUAGUUUCAUUGAUGAUGAUCAAGACAAAUCCGGACCAUCCACUAGUAUGACAAAACAGUAUUUGCAAUCAGUAAGGUAUGUGUAGUGUUUGUAUUCAGUUUUUUCUGAAGGGGAGGUGACAAAUUUGUUUGUUAAAUACUGUUUUAAGACCCUAAAUCUAUUUUAUUUAAAGUUACUAUAUUCCUGAUAUUGUAAGGGCUUCUGCCCACUCAAUUCCCUUUUAGUUUCUGUUUACAUAAUUGACCCUUUUAGGUCCAAAUUAUUAAAUUUGAUAAUUGUUUGACCCAAUUAAUUUAUAUUAAAUGAGAUUAAAGGAGAAAGUUUUUUAAAUAUUUUUGAUAAAUUUCACCAAGUUGUAUGUAGAUAUAAUGACAUGACAUUAAAUCAUAUUCACAGGAUAUGAUGUUUUUUGAGGUAUUAUGAAAUAAUUUGAUUUUGGGAUACCUAGUAUGAUUUCACAUAUUAUUUAUUUAAACUAACACCCUCAACAGUUAUGAUUUGACAUUGAUAAAUUAUUAUAAGUACUUUUAUAAUACUUUUAAUUGUGAUUUGUUUAGAAGUCCGCCAAUUGCUCGAGGAGCUUUCAAGAUACCAAAGUUAUCAAGACAACAUUAUAAUAUUGAUGUUUAUUCUCAAAUGGUUGACAAUAGGAUGGACAACAGUUAUGAAGAAGUAAAACCUUUUAAACAAAAUAUAAUAAUUAUAUUUAUAGCAAUUUACAUAUCUAUAGCGAUUUUUUCGUAAUUUUCUUUUUGGUUACUCACAUACUGGUAUUUCUAAACCAUUGUAACAUUAUAACGGUAACAUUGUUGUUAUGAUUUCAUGCAUAUUACAUUUUAACUGUUUUUAAUUGUUACCUAUAUUUAUACUGUAUUUUAAUUGAUAGGAUUCAUUUUGUGUGCGAGAUGAGUCAGACUUGUUAGAGAAACGGGUGUCCAAAAGAAAACGUAUAUUGACCCUGAGGAGUUCAGACAGCGAUAGUCCAGACGAGUGGAACAGCAAGAUGUUGCAGAAACGACCCAAAAUCAAACCAACACUGGACUCUGACUAUAGUUAACUAUAGAUUUUGGUUUAAAUUUUUAUUAUUAUUAUUUAUAUUAUUUUGUUUAUUAUAAAAUGUCAUAAUUAAAUUAAUUUUUUACAUAUAUAUAUAUUUUACAACUGAUUGAAAAUUGUUGUGCUUUAUAAAAUUAUACAGUUUGCACGUAUUUAUGUAGUGUACAUACCAUGUUGAAACAUUUAUCUACAUUUCUC